AAUGGAUUAAACUGGUUUGAGAGCAGUAAUCUUAGGUGCUUCUGGAGCUGUUGGUAGAGUAAAUAAAUAAUAAUAUCAUAAAAGGAAUUAGUAACAGAAUUAACCAACUCUCCAAAAUGGACUGAAGUAGCUGUUAUUGUUCGUAGAAAAUUAGAUUAAUGGGAUACACUACCAAGUAAUUACCAUUAUGUAUAUUACAAAAAGAUAAACACAAAUUAAGAAUAACAUAAGUUGAUAACUUAGAUAUUCUAGAAAAGACAGAUGAAUGGAAGAAAUAUGCAAAUUAUAAUACAUUCUUUUGUGUCCUUGGAUCUAGAGUAAAAGAAGGAGAUGCUCAAUUUACUAAGGUAGAUCUCACUUAUCCAAUCUAUGGAGGUAAUAUUGCCAGAGCUAAUGGUAUUUAUAUUAGUUUAAAUAAAUAGCCAUUCCUCAUUAUUCCUUAUUAACAUCAAUAGGGGCUGAUAAAGGAUCUAUGUUUUUAUAUACUAGAAUCAAAGGACUUGUUGAAGAAGCUUUGACAAAAUAAUCAUUUCCAUAUUUAACUAUUCAUAGAGCAGGUGCUAUAUUAAAUAGAGUAAAUGAUGAAAGAAUUGGUGAAACUAUUCUAAAAUAUAUUCCAUUUAUUGAUAAAAUUGAAUGUAAAGAUUUAGCCAAAGCUUUGAGAGUGGAUGCUGAAAAAGCAUAUGUUGAUUUAUAAAAUCCAAAUUAGAAGGAUUUUACUGUUAGAUUAAAUACAAACAAAAUGCUUUUAGAUUUUUCUAAAUAAUGAG